AUGGACUGUACCAAAGCUUCUUCCCAGCCGUGGGGCGUUGUCGCUACCAAUGACAUCUUCCCUAUCAACGAAGCUCUCAGUUGGUCUUUCAGGAUCUCCAAGUUGCAAUCUGAGAAGGAAGUACUAGAAGACGGUCUUGCCAAUUGUGUUACAUAUCUACAAGUUCUGCGCAAGAAGCAAGCUCGAACCGAACGACGAUUGGUCACAGACUCCUCAUUAUCCCGGAAGAAGAGAAAGAAAAUCCAACAGGGCAAGCGUGGAUUGGAGAAAGAGAUCAAGCACAGAGAACGAGACGAGCAGGCUUUCCUCAACAAUCUCCAGGCUUGUAAAGCAAAUAUUUACAUGGCCGAGACUAUCUCAAUGCCGUCUACAGCCAUCUCAUCAACGAUGCCGGACAUUGCUUCAAUUUCGACGCAAUGCUCGUAUCCAGUAGAUGUGCAAACUGAGCCUACCGAGAUGAGCUGGAACGGCUGGACAGAUGACACGGUACUCUCGCCCUUCGAAAAGGAGAGCAACAGCCCUCUCUUCGCAGACGAUGUCGCUCCGGAAGAACGUUUGGAGAUUGGUAAUGUUGGCAAUGUUGUUGUGACGAUGCUUGAGAGCUUCAGGGAGUCUCUUCCUGUUCCGCCCUUGGAGAAUAUCAAGGCUAGACAGCAGGGGUUGGCUAACACACAAACGCACGCCUUGUUGAGCGCCGAGGCUACAAUCUUUCAACCUCAGCAUGUAUACAUGAGUCAGCGGGUUGCUGUCGAUCAACAAUUAGCCCAACUCCAUCUCUUUUCUUCGAUGGCGAUCACGACUUUGAAGAUGAAGGCGAUGGAGCUUCUGGAAAGACGCAUUGUUAGUGACGCGGGCAUUGGUCCAGUGCGACGACAGAGUUCACUUGCGGAUAUUGAUGAGGAGCCUGGAAUCCAGACUGGACAACACCGCAAAAGCCGAGCAAGUUCACUAUAG